AUGUCUGCUACACUUUUCCGCACAAGCACAGCUGCUCGCUCGGCGUUGAGAGCUGGUGCUGCUACGAGAGCUGCUUCUGCGGCAAGCACCAGCUUCGUCCGUGGAAAGGCUACUCUCCCCGACCUACCAUAUGACUAUGGAGCGUUGGAGCCAACCAUCUCCGGCAAGAUCAUGGAGCUGCACCACAAGAACCACCACCAAACAUACGUCAACAGCUUCAACACAGCGACGGAACAGCUGCAGGCUGCGGAAUCGAAGCAGGAUAUCGCUGCCCAGAUCGCGCUGCAGCCUGUGAUUAACUUCCAUGGUGGGGGCCAUAUCAACCAUACGCUGUUCUGGGAGAACUUGGCGCCGAGCAAGAAUGGCGGUGGUGGUGAGCCGGCUGGGCAAUUGAAGACAGCCAUCGAAACGUCCUACGGCUCCCUCUCCUCCUUCAAGACCAAAUUCAACGCCGCGCUCGCUGGCAUCCAAGGCAGCGGCUGGGCCUGGCUCGUCAAGGACACCGAGACGGGACAGGUACAAAUCCGCACAUACGCCAACCAGGACCCGGUGGUAGGAAAGUACAAGCCGUUGUUGGGGAUUGAUGCUUGGGAGCACGCGUACUAUCUUCAGUACCAGAACCGCAAGGCCGAGUACUUUAGUGCGGUGUGGGAUGUGGUUAAUUGGAAGACGGUGGAGAAGAGACUUUGA